AAUGGAUAGAGAGAGAGAGAUAGAAGCGGUCUUAUUAAAUUUGUGAAAGUAGGGAUUGCUCUAACUGCAUAGGGUUUUCUUCUUGUGACUUUUACUUUUUCACUUCACUCUUCUAACUCAGUCCAAACUCCCCACUUCCACAAAUUUAUCACUUCAGUUCCAGAGGCAAAAUGCAAGGAGGAAUUAAAGCAAUCUUCUCAAACGGGGGCGUGCUCAAGAACGCUGUCCUGCAGCACGUGCGUGUCGUCCCUCCAGCAAUGCGGGCGCUCAUCUUCUCUCGCCACGAGUCCACCUCUGCAGCCCGCAUUGAGGAGCACGGCUUUGAGAGCACCAAGAUCUCCGAUGUUCUGACCGCCAAAGGGAAGGGCGCGGACGGAUCCUGGCUUUGGUGCACCACUGAUGAUUCUGUCUACGAUGCUGUCAAGUCGAUGACUCAGCACAAUGUGGGAGCUCUUGUUGUCGUUAAACCAGGGGAACAGAACUCAAUCGCGGGGAUUAUCACUGAAAGAGAUUAUCUCCGGAAAAUCAUAGUCCAGGGAAGAUCAUCCAAGUCGACAAAAGUCGGGGACAUCAUGACCGAAGAGAAUAAGCUCAUCACUGUAACCCCGGACACGAAAGUUCUCAAGGCAAUGCAGCUGAUGACAGAUAAUCGCAUCAGGCACAUUCCGGUGGUGGACAACGGUGGGAUGAUGGGGAUGGUGUCGAUCGGGGACGUGGUGAGUGCCGUUGUGAGGGAGCAUCGCGAUGAGCUGAACCGCUUGAACGCUUACAUACAGGGGGGCUACUAGACCCGCGAAGACGACGACGAAAAUGAAGGAGGUUUGAAGAGGAGAAAGGACCUUAACACUGUAACUAAUCUGCUGUUGGUUUUAUGCAUCUUGUGGAAAUGUGUUUGAGACAUUGAUGUGAAAAUUUGUGAGUAAUAAUAUGCAGAAACUACUUACUGCUCUUCCUCUAA